ACCUCUGCCACUGCGCAGUGGCUUACGACAAAGGCCAAUCUUUUCCUGAGCGCUGCGCAGGCGUUGCACAGCUCUGCCUCCCUGGUGCCGAAAACACAUUCAUUCUCAAGGGUCGAUUUACGCUGGGGUCGAUUGAACUUGGACAGUCUGGAGAGCCGUCCAGGCGCAUGUCACAUUCAAUGAAAUGCACUUUGUUUAGCGGAAGCCCGGAAGAUUUGCCUAAUAUUGAAUACACAACAAGAAGGGGGUCUUUUUUCCCCAUGUGGAAUUUUCAUGUUUGAGUGUUGCAUGUGAUUUAGUAGUAAUGUCUUUUACGAAGACAAUCCUGAAACUCGUGGUUGCCGUUGGAGUCGUCGUAUUAAUAGUGCAGUACUUGCAGUACUGGAUGUUAAAUAAGCAGUAUGUUUUUAGCAAGGAAGGUGUCGCCAAGAUCGCUAAGCAAUACGCAGGCCAGGAUCACGAUCACGCGUUUGCCAAAGUGAUAGUGGAGUUGCGGAAGACAUACCCCGGUCACAUCCUCCCUGACGAGGACCUGCAGUGGGUGUUUGUUAACGCCGGGGGGUGGAUGGGCUCCAUGUGCCUGCUGCACGCGUCUCUGACCGAGUACGUCCUCCUGUUCGGUACGGCUGUGGACACCGGCGGCCACUCCGGUCGGUAUUGGGCUGAAAUAUCAGACACCAUAAUCUCUGGGACGUUUCGGCAGUGGAAAGAGGGCACUACGAAAAGCGAAUUAUUUUAUCCAGGCGACACCAUCGUUCACGCGGCGGGAGAGGCCACGUCGGUACAGUGGAGCUCGGGGACCUGGAUGGUGGAGUACGGUCGGGGCUUCAUCCCGUCGACGCUGGGUUUCGCCCUCGCGGACACCAUCUUCAGCACUCAGGACUUCCUCACGCUCUUCUACACCAUGCGCGUCUACCUGAAGGGCAUGCUGCUCGAGGCCAACUCCUUCCUCACCGAAGCCGGGAUCUUCUGAGUGCCGUCCGGAUCCGUCGAGCCUGUCCGCCAAAUUCUACGCUUGUGAAUUCAUCAUGUGGUUGAUUGACUGACAGAAAAUAAAAACUUGUUUCCAGUUUGUUUACAGUGGGGGAAAAAACAGAUUUACUUUUCAAGUG